GGUGGUACAGGGUUUCCUCUCACAUAACUGAAGCAAAAUGUAGACUAUCGCUUAGAUUCUUUCUCCCAACAACAAAAUCUGGACUAGAGACACAUCAGGGUGUGAUGGAUAUCAGGGACGCUGCAUGAACUCAACAAUGUGUGAGCUGGCGAUCAGUCUGUCAGAACAUUAGCAGUCACACUGGACAGGAUGAUUUAUCUGGCUCACACGGCUCACUGGCAGUUCCUGGGCCUCAUCACAGGGUUACUGGCGUGGAUCGUCACCAUGACCACAGCCGGCCUCAACGAGUGGCGCCUGUGGCACGUGGCCGAUGUGUCCGUAAUCACAUCGGGCGUGGCCUGGGUGGGUAUCUGGAGGGCGUGUUUCUACAGCCACGUCCUUCCCGAGAUAGAGAACUGUCAGAGCAUCAGCAUCUCAGACGCCUUCGCCCCAGCCGAGAUCCCUGUGGCUCAGGUGCUGAUGGUGCUAGCGCUGAUCUGCGGCCUGGCGGGGAACAUCAGUGCUGCAGUGGCCAUAAGGAUGGUCUACUUCUCUCUGGAGGAUCGUAGUAACACCAGGCUGGUCUUUGUGCUGGCAGGGACCCUGUAUCUGUUCACAGGGAUGAUCUCCUUGGUGCCGCUGCUGUGGAACAUGAACUCCGUGCUCAACAACAGCACCAUAGACUUUCCUCCUGAGUUUUACCUUCCUGCGGCUCCUGUCAGGCAACAUGUCGGCUCAGCCAUCGGUGUUGGCAUCUUCGCCUCCAUCCUGAUGCUCAUAAGCGGCCUGCUUUUCCUCUCCUACCAGUACGCCUGGCACACCCUGAAGUCAGAGGCCCCCAGAGACACUAGGGACCUGCUCCAUGGUCCCUGGGCAGUAAUGACCAUGGCACAGAAGUCUGAAUUGCCAAAUGAAAUCAGCCAGGGCAGGGAUAAUCCUGUAUUCCACAAUGUAGAAGUCUCAUGAUGUAAAAAAACCUAACCUCAGGAGCAGUUAAUCGAUUUAAAGCCCUUUUUUCAUAUUCAUCAUCCAAGGGAAAGAGACUGGCAAAAUGUCACAGAAGAAAAGUCACAUUUUAUUAUUGUUUUACAGGACGUUAUAUCAAAAUUCUACAUUAUCCAGAAUUACUGACAAUGCGACUAUUGGCAUCUCCUCCAUAUUCCAGAACGCUCCUGAUUCUUUACUAGUACAUGAGACCAUAUAGAAGAGUUUGCAAAUGUACUUAGAGCACAAAUUCAUCAUACUGGUUUAGCCUGAGAAAUGUGUAGCCCUGUAGCUAGCUGUGAGGUACGUAAGAAUCCAUCUUUUAAGCUACAAUAACUGAUUGUUUGGCCCUGAGGGAGCUCGGUUAUGGUCUUCACUCGUCAUUUAGCUUAAAUUAGCUCGAUAACUCCUUAAUGUUCCACUAUGUUGACCAGCUUGUUGCUCUCUUAGUCUCUCUGGUGUACAGUGGGGGGCUGCAGAAGGGAAUUUGGAAAAAGUUGCCUGCUGAACCCAAAAACAACACAAUGAGAGCGGUGAGACUGAACCAAACUGUAAAACCACAACAGAAAACCACAACAAUGAAAGAAGCUAAAACGGGGAACUAUGUAAAAAAGUAAUCAUGUACUCUACUGUAAUGUAAUGUAUUAUGGAUGAUGUGAUAUGAGUUCCUGCUGUCGUGUUCUUAAUGAAAUCUAGAUUCAAUUUUAAGGACAUGUGACUCUUGUAAAGUAUAUUGGACUCAAUUUACCAGAGUUUCAGGGACAGAUUCAUAUCUGGAGAUUAGAAUCAACUUUAUCUCUUCAGCGUUAUCUGAAUGUUGUCCGGAGUGAGGAGCCUGAAGGUUCCUGUAAAGACUGAUCCGCGUUAUCGCCACACUGGCCGGGGGAGGUAACAUGACAUGCCAAGGUGUGGGCUUCUAACGGGCCCCAUGUGAGGAGGGAUCUUAGCAGGUCAGGUUGACUGGGGGCCCCUCUCAUGUGAACUGAGUAGGAGGCUGACAAGAGCAGGCAUG